UUCUUCGAGGGAGCCGCUGGGGAAGGCGGGUGCCUGCUGUUCGUGUGUGUUGUAAAGCGAAGGAACGGACUAUGGGCUGCUUCUUUUCGAAGAGGAGGAAGCAGGCCAAAGAGCCGAAGGCUGGCGCGGAGAGCGGGGACCGGAACGGCCCUGUGUCCGCGGAGGCCGACAAACAGACUCAGUAUAGCUGGGACCAGCGAGCCAAGAUUGAUCCUAAAGAUUACAUGUUUUCUGGACUCAAGAAUGAAACAGUUGGACGUUUACCUGGGAAAGUUGCAGGGCAACAGUUUGUCAUUCAGGACUGUGAGAAUUGCAAUAUCUAUAUAUUUGAUCAUUCUGCUACAAUCACUGUUGAUGAUUGUACAAACUGCCAAAUCUUUCUAGGACCUGUAAAAGGCAGUGUAUUUUUGCGUGACUGCAAAGACUGUAAAUGUGUAGUGGCAUGCCAACAGUUUCGUACUCGAGACUGCAGAAAGAUAGAAGUAUUUCUGUGCUGUGCCACCCAACCCAUUAUUGAAUCUUCUACAGGUAUGAAAUUUGGAUGUUUCCAGUACUAUUAUCCAGAGCUGGCAUUGCAGUUGAAAGAUGCUGGACUAAGCAUCUUUAACAACACAUGGAGCAAUAUCCAUGACUUCACACCAGUUUCAGGAGAAAAUAACUGGGGUCUUCUAGCUGAGGAUGCUUUAGUUGAAGACUUUGUACCAUUGCCAACUACUGAAGAACUGAAAGCUGUGAGGAUUUCAGCUGAUGUCAACAGGAGCAUAAUUCCAGUAACACAGGGGGGACGGCCAAAAAAAAGUGAGGAAUCUUGCUUAGUAGUGUUCUUUGCUGGGGACUAUACAACUGCCAAUGCAAGAAAGUUAAUUGAUGAGAUGACUGGCAGAGGUUUUUGGCUGGUACAGACUAAAGAAGUUUCAAUGAAAGCUGAUGAUGCUCAACGAGUGUUCCAGCAAAGAGCAUCUGAAUUCAUCCCUUUACUUGAAAAAGGUCCUGUUGUUGCUUUAGAGUUUAACGGAGAUGGUUCUAUAGCAACCUGUCAAGACAUUGUUGUUAAUGUCUUCAGUGGAGCUAAGGUUUUUGUAUCUGAGGACAAGUUGUCUGCUUCAAGAGAAGUAGACAGUUUCUAUAAUUUUGCUGAUAUGCAGAUGGGAAUGUAAAAGAAACAAAAACACCUUACUGAAAAAUGUCUGCUUUGAUAAUUGAGCGUUAGGUUUGUACAGCAGUCUGAAUUAAGUGAAAUAUUCUAAAGUAAAAUACAAGUUUUGCCUUUUCUGUAUAACACUGAUUUCUCAAAUAACACUGUAAAAUUGAAGUAACUUUGUAAUCCCUCUUAACUGUAAUGUGACUAUUUCUUUUCUACAUAUUAUAUUUUAAUAUUACAAUAUUUUCAGCUAUAAUGGUACACUAGAUAGAAGUAUAGAUGUUAGAAAGCUGGUCCAUAUUGAACAAUUUUUUAUGUAUAUUUGUAUCUUUCAGCAUAAACUCAAUUUUGAUAAUGGCAUGCUUUAUAACAUUUAACAACCAUUAGUAAUAUUAAGUAUGUCCUGAAAUUUCCAAAUAUCAAGUCAGGAUUUUUUUAACCUAAAUGUUUGUCUGAAUCCUUACGUGCAAAAAGAGCUUUAUUUCUGCAGUAAGCCCUGUUUUAGUUUUCAGAUUCUGUGCUGUUAAAUUAUGAUUCUUCCUAUUUUAGUUUGCACCCUACCCUUACCUUUUUCUGAUCCACAGAGAUGUAAGGCAACAGCAGCUAGAACAGCAUCUCUUCCCAGGUUGAACUUUCUCUUGCUUAUUUUCUCAAAUAAUUUCUUUCUUUUUUCCAUGCUCAGUUCCUCUCCAAAUAUAGGGCAGCAGUGGGGCCAUAAAUUGCUUUGACUGCAGAAAGCUCAACAUAACAUUAAGCAAAUGGUAAUUCUCAGAAAAUAUGUAAGACAGAAGAUAGGUCACAGAGGAACUCUACUUCAACAUCAGUAUCCACCCAUAAACAAAUAAAAAGCCCAAAUGCAGGCAUAUCACACAAGCCUGUUCCCCCCAAAACCCAUGCACAUAAUUAAUUGACCCGAUCCUUUAAACUCAAAUAUAGGCCGCUCCAAAACUUCUUCAAAAACUUAUUGUUUAAUAAAUUACGGUUAAAAUGAAGUGUGCACACAAAUGUUUCUUCCGUAUUUGAGAUACAUUACCUGAAACAUUGAGCUGGUUUAGAAUGGAAAAAUAAAGAUUAUGAGAAUUAAAAAUUAAGAUGGUAAUGCAAUCAGUUUAUCACUUAUUCAGAGUAUAGCAAAAUGGCUUUUAGCCAUGCUGUAGCUGCCGGGGGCUUGCUUUAAGUAAAUGUUGGUGCUUAAGGAUUAUACUGUAAAUUUACUGGUAUCUGUAAGAUUGAUCUUUUACACAACUGUAAAAUGAAUUUCCUUUUGUGCAGUUAAUAUUCUAUAUGUAAAUGGUUUCUUUUCUAUAUUAGCACUUUAUGUUGGAUAAAGACUAUGUACAAAAUUUUUACCUGUAAAUUUUAACAGGAAACAACUAUAAGGGGGCGGAAGAGAAAAGAAAACUUCUGCAUUGUGCAGUGGACAGCCGAUUUGUCUAAUCAUUGGAGGCAUCUCAGACAUUUACUUGUUUUUAUAAUAUCAAAAUGGAAGGACUCAUGCAUUAAUUUCUGAAUUGUUAUGUAUUAGAUAUUGUUUAUGAAUGGAAUUUAUUGGUAUAGAAUUUAAGAGGUUUUAUAUGUUACAGCAUUUAUAUACAACUUGUCUAGCAUUUGUGAAAUGUAUUUUAUAAUAAAUAAAUGAAAGCAUCCCUUUGUUUAAAAUGUG